AUGUACUUUGCUUUCUCGGUGGAUGCCUGCUGCGAGGUGGAUGAACUGCGGCUUACAUUGGCUUCUGGCUUCCGGCUUCCGUCUUCGUCUUUCUUCUUCUUCUUCUUCUUUAAAGUUUAAUGGCAGACUACACCUAUUGGUGUAUUGCCGCCACCUACUGUACCGGGUAUUGAAACGAAACAAAAAAUAAUAUAUUCCAUUGCAGGGGGAGGGGACCGAGAUAAUACAAAAAUAAAUCAAACAACCAUCCCACUCCUUCAGUCACAUUCAAAUCACAUCUCUACACAGGCUCAGGUGCCUGUGGGGACGGAGCAGUCAUCGACAGGAUUCCUUGUAAUGCCUCUGGAGAAAAGUCCCUGAGUCCCCAAAAAUGCUCAGCCGUACUCACAAUGAUGCCUACUUUCUCAGAUUUCCUCUCUGUUUGCAUUCACUUCUAGCGCCACACAAGAGAUAAAACCCUUGAUAGGCACCCUGCUUCGAAGAUCGACACACAACACAUUCCAAUGCAACAUCUUGAGGCGCAGAGCACGCUCCUUCUGUACCGUAGAAAUACAAUAAAACGAAAUAAGCCCACUUCUCCUUAUUCUUACUUACGCCACCUCACCCACCUCACCCACCUCACCACUUCACCCACUCCCCCACUCACCCAAGACCCCCUCACCCACCUCACCACUUCAACCCACCACCCCGAUCCACUCACCACCUCCCCACCCUCACCCACAUCCACCAAAUCACCACCUCACCCAACGAAAACCCACCUACCCACCUCACCCAACCGGCCCACCAAAGCACCAACUCACCACCUCACCCACCACUCACCUCACCCAACUAAAAAAAAAUCCCACCUCACCCACCUCACCCGCCCACCCCAUCACCCACCUCACCCAAAAGCACCCACCUCCCCACCACCACCUCACCCAACCCGCACCCCCUCACCCCAAACUCACCCACCUCACCCACCUCACCCACCUCACCCACCUCACCCCACCUCACCCACCUCACCCACCUCACCCACCUCACCCAACGCACCCACCCCCACCCACCUCACCCAACUCACCCACCUCACCCAACGCACCCACCUCACCCAACGCACCCACCACCCACGCACCCACCUCACCCACCUCACCCAACUCACCCACCUCACCCAACGCACCCACCUCACCCACCACCACCUCACCCACCUCACCCACCUCACCCACUCACCCAACGCACCCACCUCACCCACCUCACCCAACGCACCCACCUCACCCCCUCACCCACCGCACCACCACCUACCAACCCACCCGCACCAAGUCACCACCUACACACCCACCUCACCACCACACCCUCACCCUCACCCACCUCACCCAACGCACCCACCUCACCCACCUCACCCAAUGCACCCACCUCACCCAACGCACCCACCUCACCCACCUCACCCAACGCACCCACCUCACCCAACGCAUCCAACAUUUUAAUAGAAACUUAAAAACGGAUCUUUCAGGUAACAACAUCGAUUCAAAACCCUUAUUACAACAAAAGACUCAGAACUAGGUUUGGAUUGACUAGUUUCCACUACCACUUCUCUUAUUGACUAGUUUCCACUACCACUUCUCUUAUUGACUAGUUUCCACUACCACUUCACUGUCUUGACUUUUCACUUGACUUCUUAUGUUUCCCACUCCCACUCACUUCUCUUAUUGACUAGUUUCCACUACCACUUCACUUCUCUUAUUGACUAGUUUCCACUACCACUUCUCUUAUUGACUAGUUUCCACUACCACUUCUCUUAUUGACUAGUUUCCACUACCACUUCACUUCUCUUAUUGACUAGUUUCCACUACCACUUCUCUUAUUGACUAGUUUCCACUACCACUUCUCUUAUUGACUAGUUUCCAUUACCACUUCUCUUAUUGACUAGUUUCCACUACCACUUCACUUCUCUUAUUGACUAGUUUCCACUACCACUUCUCUUAUUGACUAGUUUCCACUACCACUUCUCUUAUUGACUAGUUUCCACUACUACUUCUCUUAUUGACUAGUUUCCACUACAACUUUUCUUAUUGACUAACUACUCAUGGUGUGAUUGUGAUAACAUACAGAAACUCAAGUCCUUCUCUUCACCCGACCUAGAAUACCUCACAAUCAAAUACCAACCGUAUUUGUGCAAAUCAAUCCCAGAACAACAGCAAAGGAUCUUCAAAUCAAAUCAAAUCAAAUCAAAUUUUAUUGGUCACAUGCGCCGAAUACAACAGGUGCAGACAUUACAGUGAAAUGCUUACUUACAGCCCUUAACCAACAGUGCAUUUAUUUUAAACAAAAAAAGUAAGAAUAAAACAACAACAAAAAAAGUGAUGAGAGAAAAAGAGCAGAAGUAAAAUAAAGUGACAGUAGGGAGGCUAUAUAUACAGUAAAAUAAAGUGACAGUAGGGAGGCUAUAUAUACAGGGGGGUACCGUUGCAGAGUCAAUGUGCGGGGGCACCGGCUAGUUGAGGUAGUUGAGGUAAUAUGUACAUGUGGGUAGAGUUAAAGUGACUAUGCAUAAAUACUUAACAGAGUAGCAGCAGCGUAAAAAGGAUGGGGUGGGGGGGCAGUGCAAAUAGGCCGGGUAGCCAUGAUUAGCUGUUCAGGAGUCUUAUGGCUUGGGGGUAGAAGCUGUUGAGAAGUCUUUUGGACCUAGACUUGGCACUCCGGUACCGCUUGCCGUGCGGUAGCAGAGAGAACAGUCUAUGACUAGGGUGGCUGGAGUCUUUGACAAUUUUGAGGGCCUUCCUCUGACACCGCCUGGUAUAGAGGUCCUGAAUGGCAGGGAGCUUUGCCCCAGUGAUGUACUGGGCCGUACGCACUACCCUCUGUAGUGCCUUGCGGUCAGAGGCCAAGCAGUUGCCAUACCAGGCGGUGAUGCAACCAGUCAGGAUGCUCUCGAUGGUGCAGCUGUAGAAUUUUUUGAGGAUCUGAGGACCCAUGCCAAAUCUUUUUAGUCUCCUGAGGGGGAAUAGGCUUUGUCGUGCCCUCUUCACGACUGUCUGGGUGUGUUUGGACCAUGAUAGUUCGUUGGUGAUGUGGACACCAAGGAACUUGAAGCUCUCAACCUGUUCCACUACAGCCCCGUCGAUGAGAAUGGGGGCGUGCUCAGUCCUCUUUUUUUUCCUGUAGUCCACAAUCAUCUCCUUUGUCUUGGUCACGUUGAGGGAGAGGUUGUUGUCCUGGCACCACACGGCCAGAUCUCUGACCUCCUCCCUAUAGGCUGUCUCAUCGUUGUCGGUGAUCAGGCCUACCACUGUUGUGUCGUCGGCAAACUUAAUGAUGGUGUUGGAGUCGUGCCUGGCCAUGCAGUCAUGGGUGAACAGAGAGUACAGGAGGGGACUGAGCACGCACCCCUGAGGGGCCCCCGUGUUGAGGAUCAGUGUGGCAGAUGUGUUGUUACCUACCCUUACCACCUGGGGGCGGCCCGUCAGGAAGUCCAGGAUCCAGUUGCAGAGGGAGGUGUUUAGUCCCAGGAUCCUUAGCUUAGUGAUGAGCUUAGAGGGCACUAUGGUGUUGAAUGCUGAGCUGUAGUCAAUGAAUAGCAUUCUCACGUAGGUGUUCCUCUUGUCCAGGUGGGAAAGGGCAGUGUGGAGUGCGAUAGAGAUUGCAUCAUCUGUGGAUCUGUUGGGGCGGUAUGCAAAUUGGAGUGGGUCUAGGGUUUCUGGGAUUAUGCUGUUGAUGUGAGCCAUGACCAGUCUUUCAAAGCACUUCAUGGCUACAGACGUCAGUGCUACGGGUCGGUAGUCAUUUAGGCAGGUUAUCUUAGAGUUCUUGGGCACGGGGACUAUGGUGGUCUGCUUGAAACAUGUUGGUAUUACAGACUCAGUCAGGGACAUGUUGAAAAUGUCAGUGAAGACACUUGCCAGUUGGUCAGCACAUGCUCGGAGUACACGUCCUGGUAAUCCGUCUGGCCCUGCGGCCUUGUGAAUGUUGACCUGCUUAAAAGUCUUACUCACAUCGGCUACGGAGAGCGUGAUCACAUAGUCAUCCGGAACAGCUGGUGCUCUCAUGCAUGCUUCAGUGUUGCUUGCCUCGAAGCGAGCAUAGAAGUGGUUUAGCUCGUCUGGUAGGCUUGUGUCACUGGGCAGCUCGCGGCUGUGCUUCCCUUUGUAGUCUGUAAUAGUUUUCAAGCCCUGCCACAUCCGACGAGCGUCAGAGCCAGUGUAGUAUGAUUCAAUCUUAGACCUGUAUUGACUCUUUGCCUGUUUGAUGGUUCGUCGGAGGUCAUAGCGGGAUUUCUUAUAAGCGUCCGGGUUAGAGUCCCGUUCCUUGAAAGCGGCAGCUCUACCCUUUAGCUCAGUGCGGAUGUUUCCUGUAAUCCAUGGCUUCUGGUUGGGGUAUGUACGUACGGUCACUGUGGGGACGACAUCAUCGAUGCACUUAUUGAUGAAGCCAGUGACUGAUGUGGUGUACUCCUCAAUGCUGUCUGAAGAAUCCCGGAACAUGUUCCAGUCUGUGCUAGCAAAACAGUCCUGUAGCUUAGCAUCUGCGUCAUCUGACCACUUUUUUAUUAACCGAAUCACUGGUGCUUCAUGCUUCAGUUUUUGCUUAUAAGCAGGAAUCAGGAGGAUAGAGUUAUGGUCAGAUUUGCCAAAUGGAGGGCGAGGGAGAGCUUUGUAUGCGUCUCUGUGUGUGGAGUAAAGGUGGUCUAGAGUUUUUUUCCCUCUGGUUGCACAUUUAACAUGCUGGUAGAAAUGAGGUAGAACGGAUUUAAGUUUCCCUGCAUUAAAGUCCCCGGCCACUAGGAGCGCUGCAUCUGGAUGAGCGUUUUCCUGUUGAUUAAUGGCCUUGUACAACUCAUUCAGAGCAAUCUUAAUGCCAGCAUUGGUUUGUGGUGGUAAAUAGACAGCUAUGAAAAAUAUAGAUGAAAACUCUCUUGGUAAAUAGUGUGGUCUACAGCUUAUCAUAAGAUAUAAUAAUAAUAAUAGGUCAUUUAGCAGACGCUCUUAUCCAGAGCGACUUACAGGAGCAAUUAGGGUUAAGUGCCUUGCUCAGGGGCACAUCGACAGAUUUUUCACCUAGUCGGCUCGGGGAUUUGAACCAGCGACCUUUCGGUUACUGGCACAACGCUCUUAACCACUAAGCUACCUGCCGCCCCCCAUAAGAUACUCUACCUCAGGCGAGCAAAACCUCGAGACUUCCUUAGUAUUUGAUUUUGUGCACCAGCUGUUGUUUACAAAUAUACACAGACCGCCGCCCCUUGUCUUACCAGAGUCAGACGUUCUGUCCUGCCGAUGUAGCGUAUAGCCUGCUAGCUGAAUGUUAUCAUUGUUGUCGUUCAGCCACGACUCCGUGAAACAUAAGAUAUUACAGUUUUUAAUGUCCCGUUGGUAGGAUAACCGUAAUCUUAACUCGUCCAUUUUAUUCUCAAAAGAUUGAACGUUGGCUAGUAGGAUUGAUGGGAGAGGCAGUUUACUCGCUCGCCGUCGGAUCCUUACAAGGCACCCGGAUCUGCGUCCGCGAUAUCUCCGUCUCUUCCUCACGCGAAUGACGGGGAUCUGGGCCUUGUCGGGUGUCUGUAGGAUAUCCUUCGCGACCGCCUCGUUGAAGAAAAAACCACUUAUUGUGGGAAGCUUGUGGAAGGCUAACCGAAACGUUUGACCCAAGUUAAUCAAUUUUAAAGGCAAUGCUACCAAAUACUAAUUGAGUGUAUGUAAACUUCUGACCCACUGGGAAUGUGAUGAAAUAAAUAAAAGCUGAAAUAAAUCAUUCUCUACUAUUAUUCUGACAUUUCACAUUCUUAAAAUAAAGUGGUGAUCCUAACUGACCUAAGACAGGGAAUGUUUACUAGGAUUAAAUGUCAGGAAUUGUGAAAAACAGAGUUUAAAUGUAUUUGGCUAAGGUGCAGGUAGCUUAGUGGUUAAGAGCGUUGUGCCAGUAACCGAAAGGUCGCUGGUUCUAAUCCCCGAGCCGACUAGGUGAAAAUCUGUCGAUGUGCCCUUGAGCAAGGCACUUAACCCUAAUUGCUCCUGUAAGUCGCUCUGGAUAAGAGCGUCUGCUAAAUGACUAAAAUGUAAACUUACGACUUCAACUGUACAUUCAUGCACUUUGAAAAUAAUUUCGUAACUUUGCCCCCAAUGCAUUUAACUGCAGGGCACUCCUACAUCAUAUGAAGGAAUGUGCCCACCUGAUUUAGGGGACACAGUGAAAAGUUGGGAGUUGGGGACAAUUUCAUCGUAAAACAUUUCCUUAGUGUUAAAUACAGUCUCAAAAAUUAAAAUACAUAAAUUGAUGGUUCAGAUUAUGGGAUGCCAAAGUCAUAUUUAUCCAUAUUCUGUUCCAGUUAAAGGGUUGUUCAGAUUCAAUUAGAUCUGUGGACCAUACUUUUUUUUAAUGGUUAGCUCAGAAUAUGAGCUUUCCAAAAGUGUUGUGUAUAUUAUAGAGAUCAGUCCUUUCGGAAGCCCAGAUAAUUCAUUUAUAAAUCCCAUCAUUGAAUGGUUCGGUAGUUGUGUUUCCCGAGGGACUCCAUUGGCCAGCAUAGAUGACUUAUCUUGUAAAUAUAGAAAAAUGUGGUAAUGUGUAUGUAUCUUUCAAAUCUUGAAAUGUUCUCAAACCAAUACUGUCCAUGAUAAUCGGUAAGGGUACGGAUUCCACAUUUGGACCAAUGGGGGGAUGCAAAAGGCAAGUCAUUAUUGUGAAAUAUUGGAGUAUGGGCACGCCAUUUUGAUUCCCAGUUACAUUGUUUUUCAUUUUUAGGCCAAAUAGAAAUUGUGUGAGCAAUAAUAGGACCAAAGCGUAGUUUACAUUUAUUUAAGAAUAUAUCAGUGAAGACCACCUCUUCCAGGGCAAUAAGGAAGCACUGUAUUUCUCUCUCUACUCAGCCAGGGGGCAGAAGAAUCAUGUCUAAACCAAUUUAGGAUGGGGCGAAAUGCUAGUGGCUGGAAAUACUAUUUUUAGUUUGGUACGGACAGUCAUCUUAGGUCUUUCCCUGUUUGUAAAUGUUUUAAUUUUAGCAUCCGGGAUCGUUUACCUUGCCAUAUACAUUUUGAAACCGCACUAUGAAUUUUGAUCCCAAUAGGCAGAAGGGGGAGCCAUGAGCAUUGAACUACAGAAAUUCAGCCGUUGCAAUAUAUUAAUUUUGACAAUAGAUAUUUUGCCGGUUAAAGCAACUGGGAUAUUGUUCCAUCUACUGAGGUCGGAUUUAAUUGAUUGGAGCAUUCUGUUAAAGUUUCUGGCAAUGGUUUUAUCUAAUGAAGGAAAUAUAUCUACUCCGAAAUAUUUAAAACGGUAAAGGAUUGGGAUUCCAUAAGUAGAGAUGGAGUCCUCCAUCGGGGUCUUGAGGCAGUAGGGAUGAUUUUGGUUAUAUUAAUUUUAUAACUUGAAAUUAAGCGAUUUUGAGAUGCAUUGUCUAGAUACAGUGAAAUAUUGUCUGCGUAUAGUGAAAUAUUGUCUGCGUAUAGUGAAAUAUUGUCUGCGUAUAGUGAAAUGUGUUAUUUCCUUCGAUUGACGAGUUGGACCAGGGGUUCUAUAGAAAAGAAUAGCAGAGGUGAGAUCGGAUCACUGUAGUUAUUCUGACCGGAACAGGUACUGCUUGUCAUUACUAUGGGAUCACUUUGCCUGCUACUUGUAGUUAUUCUGACCGGAACAGGUACUGCUUGUCAUUACUAUGGGAUCACUUUGCCUGCUACUUGUAGUUAUUCUGACCGGAACAGGUACUGCUUGUCAUUACUAUGGGAUCACUUUGCCUGCUACUUGUAGUUAUUCUGACCGGAACAGGUACUGCUUGUCAUUACUAUGGGAUCACUUUGCCUGCUACUUGUAGUUAUUCUGACCGGAACAGGUACUGCUUGUCAUUACUAUGGGAUCACUUUGCCUGCUACUUGUAGUUAUUCUGACCGGAACAGGUCCUGCUUGUCAUUACUAUGGGAUCACUUUGCCUGCUACUUGUAGUUAUUCUGAACGGAACAGGUACUGCUUGUCAUUACUAUGGCUAAGGGAUUGGCAAAUACAGCGCCUUCAGAAAGUAUUCAUACCCCUUGACUUUUUCCAAAUUUUGUUGUGUUUCAGCCUGAAUUCAAAAUGUUACAAUCACCUUUGGCAGCGAUUUACAGCUGUGAGUCUUUCUGAGUAAGUCUAAGCGCUUUGGACACCUGGAUUGUACAACAUAAGUUUACCAUCACACUUUGUUAUUAUCAGUAACAUUUCAUUAUUCAGAUUGACGCACUAAACCAUUCACACCAAGUCCAAUGAGUUUUUCCCUCCACCUUUCUGAGCUAUUGGCAUAACGUCACUGUCACGAUCGUCAAAAGGAGCGGACCAAUGCGCAGCGUUGCGAGUGAACAUGAUGACUUUAUUAUUUAAAGCAACCACUAAGAAAACAACAAAUGACGAUACGUGAAGUUCAAAAUACUGAUACAAACUAACAGCAACACGGAAACAAUAACCCACAAAACAAAGGAGAAAACACACAGAAUAUAUAUGGCUCCCAAUCAGAGAUAACGAGCCGACAGCUGACACUCGUUACCUCCGAUUGGGAGUCAUAGACCAAUCACCACAACACAAACAAAAUGAAACUCACCCAUCCCCAACACCACCAAAUGAAAUACACCCAAACACAUGAAAAUGAACAACCCUGGCUCAAUAUUCAAAGUCCAUAGAGCCAGAGUGUCACAGUACCCCCCCCUAAAGGUGCGAACUCCGGGCGCACCAACAUCAGGACUAGGGGAGGGUCUGGGUGGGCGUCUGUCCAUGGUGGCGGCUCUGGCCCCGGUCGUGAUCCCCACCCCACCACAGUCACAACCUGCUUCGGUAGCUUCCUCCCAAUGACCACCCUCCAACUAACCCCACCUGGACUAAGGGGCAACACCGGACUAAGGGGCAGCAUCGGCCUAAGGGGCAGCACCGGGAUAAGGGGCAGCACCGGGAUAAGGGGCAGCACCGGGACAAGGGGCAGCACCGGGCUAAGGGGCAGCACCGGACUAAGGGGCAGCACCGGACUACGGGGCAGCACCGGGCUAAGGGACAGUACCUGACUAAGGGGCAGCACCGGACUAAGGGGCAGUACCAGGCUGAAUGGCGGAUCCCGGCUGGUCGGCUCUGGCGGAUCCCGGCUGGACGGCUCUGGCGGAUCCCGGCUGGACGGCUCUGGCGGAUCCCGGCGGGACGGCUCUGGCGGAUCCCGGCGGGACGGCUCUGGCGGAUCCAGGCUGGACGGCUCUGGCAGAUCCUGGCGGGACGGCUCUGGCGGAUCCUGGCUGGACGGCUCUGGCGGAUCCUGGCUGGACUGCUCUGGCGGACCCUGGCUGGACGGCUCUGGCGGACCCUGGCUGGACGGCUCUGGCGGACCCUUGCUGGACGGCUCUGGCGGAUCCUGGCUGGACGGCUCUGGCGGAUCCUGGCUGGACGGCUCUGGCGGAUCCUGGCUGGACGGCUCUGGCGGAUCCUGGCUGGACGGCUCUGGCGGAUCCUGGCUGGACGGCUCUGGCGGAUCCUGGCGGGACGGCUCUGGCGGAUCCAGGCUGGACGGCUCUGGCGGAUCCUGGCGGGACGGCUCUGGCGGAUCCAGGCUGGACGGCUCUGGCGGAUCCUGGCUGGACGGCUCUGGCGGAUCCUGGCUGGACGGCUCUGGCGGAUCCUGGCUGGACGGCUCUGGCGGAUCCUGGCUGGACGGCUCUGGCGGAUCCUGGCUGGACGGCUCUGGCGGAUCCUGGCGGGACGGCUCUGGCGGAUCCAGGCGGGACGUCUCUGGCGGAUCCUGGCGGGACGGCUCUGGCGGAUCCAGGCUGGACGGCUCUGGCGGAUCCUGGCUGGACGGCUCUGGCGGAUCCAGGCUGGACGGCUCUGGCGGAUCCUGGCUGGACGGCUCUGGCGGAUCCUGGCUGGACGGCUCUGGCGGAUCCUGGCGGGACGGCUCUGGCGGAUCCAGGCUGGACGGCUCUGGCGGAUCCUGGCGGGACGGCUCUGGCGGAUCCAGGCUGGACGGCUCUGGCGGAUCCUGGCUGGACGGCUCUGGCGGAUCCUGGCUGGACGGCUCUGGCGGAUCCUGGCUGGUCGGCUCUGGCGGAUCCUGGCUGGACGGCUCUGGCGGAUACUGGCUGGCUGACGGAUCUGGCUGCUCAUGGCUGGCUGACGGAUCUGGCUGCUCAUGGCUGGCUGACGGAUCUGGCUGCUCAUGGCUGGCUGACGGAUCUGGCUGCUCAUGGCUGGCUGACGGAUCUGGCUGCUCAUGGCUGGCUGACGGAUCUGGCUGCUCAUGGCUGGCUGACGGAUCUGGCUGCUCAUGGCUGGCUGACGGAUCUGGCUGCUCAUGGCUGGCUGACGGGUCUGGCUGCUCAUGGCUGGCUGACGGGUCUGGCUGCUCAUGGCUGGCUGACGGGUCUGGCUGCUCAUGGCUGGCUGACGGAUCUGGCUGCUCAUGGCUGGCUGACGGAUCUGGCUGCUCAUGGCUGGCUGACGGAUCUGGCUGCUCAUGGCUGGCUGACGGAUCUGGCUGCUCAUGGCUGGCUGACGGAUCUGGCUGCUCAUGGCUGGCUGACGGAUCUGGCUGCUCAUGGCUGGUUGACAGAUCUGGCUGCUCAUGGCUGGCUGACGGAUCUGGCUGCUCAUGGCUGGCUGACGGAUCUGGCUGCUCAUGGCUGGCUGACGGGUCUGGCUGCUCAUGGCUGGCUGACGGGUCUGGCUGCUCAUGGCUGGCUGACGGGUCUGGCUGCUCAUGGCUGGCUGACGGAUCUGGCUGCUCAUGGCGGGCUGACGGAUCUGGCUGCUCAUGGCUGGCUGACGGAUCUGGCUGCUCAUGGCUGGCUGACGGAUCUGGCUGCUCAUGGCUGGCUGACGGAUCUGGCUGCUCAUGGCUGGUUAACAGAUCUGGCUGCUCAUGGCUGGCUGAUGGUGCUGGCUGGGAGGCUGGCGGUGGAGGCGGACCCCAGCCUCGGAUUGCAGUCAUCACCUCCAGCAGGGCGGCUCCCAUCUGCAGGAGCUGCUCUUUCUGGUCCCGAACCUGAGCUUCCAGUCUAGUAUGGGCUGCGUCGGCUCCUGCUGAUUCCAUAGCAGGUGUAUGAUUCUGUCUGGCGGCAGGCUCUAGCGGCUCCUGUCUGGCGGAAGGCUCUAGCGGCUCCGAUCUGGCGGACGGCUCUGAAGGCUCAUGGCAGACGGACGGCUUUGCAGGCUCAGUACAGACGGGCGGCUUAUGCAGCGCUUGGCAGACGGGCAGUUCAGACGCCCUAGGGCAGACGGCAGACUCUGGCCGGCUGGCGACGCACAUCGUGGACCUGGUGCGUGGAGUAGGAACAGGCCGGUCCAUACCGGGAACACACACCAAUGGCCUUAACUGCGGAUCAGGAACGGGCCGGACCGGACUGGUAACACACUUCAGUCUCUCAUGCCGUGCCACAACAACUUCCCUCCUUCCACUCGCCAAUGGCUCCCAUACUCCGUUAGCCUUCUCUCCUUUUCUCCCUGUGGCAGCCUCCUGCUGCCCAGCUGCCCAAGCCAUGUGCCCCCCCCAAAAAAUUUCUUGGGGUUGCCUCUCUUCCACGGGCUUCCAGCCUUGCCUUCGCGCUGCCUCCUCGUACCACCUCCUCUCGGCUUUGGCUGCCUCCAGCUCUUCACGAGGGAGGCGAUAUUCUCCCGGUUGUGCCCAAGGAUCCUUUCCGUCCAAUAACUCUUCCCAUGUCCAGACCCUCGGCUCCUGGACACGCUUGUUACGCUGCUUGGUCCUUUUGUGGUGGGUUAUUCUGUCAAGAUCGUCAAAAGGAGCGGACCAAUGCGCAGCGUUGCGAGUGAACAUGAUGACUUUAUUAUUUAAAGCAACCACUAAGAAAACAACAAAUGACGAUACGUGAAGUUCAAAAUACUGAUACAAACUAACAGCAACACGGAAACAAUAACCCACAAAACAAAGGAGAAAACACACAGAAUAUAUAUGGCUCCCAAUCAGAGAUAACGAGCCGACAGCUGACACUCGUUACCUCCGAUUGGGAGUCAUAGACCAAUCACCACAACACAAACAAAAUGAAACUCACCCAUCCCCAACACCACCAAAUGAAAUACACCCAAACACAUGAAAAUGAACAACCCUGGCUCAAUAUUCAAAGUCCAUAGAGCCAGAGUGUCACAGUCACUAAUGGUGGUGCUGUCAUUCUCUGUGCCAAUAAGUUGUUCCAAGGUCGCAGUAAUGAGGCAAAUCAUAUACUACUGGAAAAAAUAAUAUGCUACUAAAUAUAUUAGGAUAUAGGCUAUGCAUCCUAUAGGAUGAAUCAUGAUUGGCUACGUUUCAUUAAGUCACACCCCAUUUAAUGAGAGAGGAAACACAAAACUGGCACCUGUCAUUACUCACAUUCAUAUGCUGCAUUUAAACAAUGUAUACACUGCGUUGAUAAAACAUUAGGAACUCUUUCCAUGACAGACUGACCAGGUGAAUCCAGGUGAAAGCUAUGAUCCCUUAUUGAUGUCACUUGUUAAAUCCACUUCAAUCAGUGUAGAUGAAGGGGAGGAGACAGGUUAAAGAAGGAUUUUUAAGCCUUGAGACAAUUGAGACAUGGAUUGUGUAUGUGUGCCAUUCAGAGGGUGAAUGGGCAAGACAAACGAUUUUCAAUGCCAUUGAACGGGGUAUGGUAGUAGGUGCCAGGUGCACCAGUUUGAGUCUGUCAAGAACUGCAACGUUGCUGGGUUUUUCACGCUCAACAGUUUCCUGUGUGUAUAAAGAAUGGUCCACCACCCAGAGGACAUCCAGCCAACUGGACACAACUGGAUAUUAGGAAGUUGUCCUUAAUAUUUGGUAUACUCAGUGUAUCUUUUUAAUGUAACUUCUUACAGGGAAGGGGUGGUAUAGUGAGGGUUUUUCUGUGGUUGCCGGGAGGGGCAGGAAGGUGGAUUAUGUCUGAUUUGAACCCCUCACAGAAGAAAAAGGAAAUGAGAAAAAGUUGGUCACAAAGGUUUAUCCGUGAUUUGAUUGGUUGAUGGUGUAUCAGUAGUCUGAUUGUGUGAUGGUGUAUCCCUGAUUUGAUUGGUUGCCUCUCCUGCAGGGUGAGUUUGUGAAUGAGUACAUCGGAGAGCUGAUCGAUAAAGAGGAAUGUCGCUCCAGGAUCAAGUACUACCAGGAGAAUGACAUCAUUCACUUCUACAUGCUCACCGUCGACAAGGUAAACUAUGACAUCACUCACCGCCGACAAGGUAAACUAUGACAUCACUCACCGUCGACAAGGUAAACUAUGACAUCACUCACAGUCGACAAGGUAAACUAUGACAUCACUCACCGUCGACAAGGUAAACUAUGACAUCACUCACCGUCGACAAGGUAAACUAUGACAUCACUCACCGUCGACAAGGUAAACUAUGACAUCACUCACCGUCGGCAAGGUAAACUAUGACAUCACUCACCGUCGACAAGGUAAACUAUGACAUCACUCACAGUCGACAAGGUAAACUAUGACAUCACUCACCGUCGACAAGGUAAACUAUGACAUCACUCACCGUCGACAAGGUAAACUAUGACAUCACUCACCGUCGACAAGGUAAACUAUGACAUCACUCACCGUCGGCAAGGUAAACUAUGACAUCACUCACCGUCGACAAGGUAAACUAUGACAUCACUCACCGUCGGCAAGGUAAACUAUGACAUCACUCACCGUCGACAAGGUAAACUAUGACAUCACUCACAGUCGACAAGGUAAACUAUGACAUCACUCACCGUCGACAAGGUAAACUAUGACAUCACUCACCGUCGACAAGGUAAACUAUGACAUCACUCACCGUCGACAAGGUAAACUAUGACAUCACUCACCGUCGACAAGGUAAACUAUGACAUCACUCACCGUCGACAAGGUAAACUAUGACAUCACUCACCGUCGACAAGGUAAACUAUGACAUCACUCACCGUCGACAAGGUAAACUAUGACAUCACUCACCGUCGACAAGGUAAACUAUGACAUCACUCACCGUCGGCAAGGUAAACUAUGACAUCACUCACCGUCGGCAAGGUAAACUAUGACAUCACUCACCGUCGACAAGGUAAACUAUGACAUCACUCACCGUCGGCAAGGUAAACUAUGACAUCACUCACCGUCGGCAAGGUAAACUAUCCUAUCUGGCCUCAGCCUGGUCGUAGCCUCGGGGCUGUCAUGGGGUCCAGUGUAUUGGAAAUACUGUAACCAAGCUGCGCUAGCACGUAGAGGACCUGUCUGCUUGUGUCCAUGUCCCUGACUGCUGGAGCCGGAGGAACAGGAUUGCUUUGGGGAUGUUCCACCCAAGACCUCUGUGACAUUACACAAAACAAUAUCUGUGGCUCUGCUUUCACAUUCACAAGUCAAUUAAUUAAUAUUCUAAGUGUUACAGCAUUUUUCAUUACCAUCAGCGUAAUUCAUCACCUGUAAUAAUGUUACUGCUGACCUCUACACUGGACUGACCUGUGUUGUGUUUCCAGGACCGGAUCAUAGACGCUGGCCCCAAAGGAAACUACUCCCGCUUCAUGAACCACAGCUGCCAGCCCAACUGUGACACGCAGAAGUGGACAGUGAACGGAGACACAAGAGUCGGGCUGUUCGCUGUUUGUGACAUCCCUGCUGGUGAGAACCCAGACAUGUCUGCUGUUGGCUUAGUUGUAUGGUGUUUUGUGGUUUAAAGGGACUGUGUUAAUGUACCGGAUGUGAGUCGGGCUCAUGGUCUCGUGAGGAGGUAGCACUACCUGAGACUUCACCCUCAGCUCAAAAGGGAAUAUCCUCUUGGUCUAACAGUCAAGACGUUGGUUUCUCCUGUGAGAGACCCGGGUUCAGAUCCCACCCAUGACAUUAACAUGGUGUUUUGUGGUUUCCAGGGACAGAGCUCACCUUCAACUACAACCUGGAUUGCCUUGGUAAUGAAAAGACGGUGUGUCGCUGUGGGGCUUCCAACUGUAGCGGUUUCCUUGGAGACCGGCCCAAGGUGAGUUGGCUCCUCUUGGUACAAUCAGAAACGAUCUGAAUAUUUAGAACAGCAACAUCUUUAUAAAAUACAUUCUAGAACAUGAUAACUCAAGAAACGAUAGUCUUAAGGUCCACCUGACUAUUGUCUCCUGUUCCAGACCUCUGGUUGCCAGGCCCCUAUCUGACUGUUGUUUCCUGUCAGACGUCUGGUUGCCAGGCCCCUAUCUGACUGUUGUUUCCUGUCAGACGUCUGGUUGCCAGGCCCCUAUCUGACUGUUGUUUCCUGUCAGACGUCUGGUUGCCAGGCCCCUAUCUGACUGUUUCCUGUCAGACGUCUGGUUGCCAGGCCCCUAUCUGACUGUUUCCUGUCAGACGUCUGGUUGCCAGGCCCCUAUCUGACUGUUGUUUCCUGUCAGACGUCUGGUUGCCAGGCCCCUAUCUGACUGUUGUUUCCUGUCAGACGUCUGGUUGCCAGGCCCCUAUCUGACUGUUGUUUCCUGUCAGACGUCUGGUUGCCAGGCCCCUAUCUGACUGUUGUUUCCUGUCAGACGUCUGGUUGCCAGGCCCCUAUCUGACUGUUUCCUGUCAGACGUCUGGUUGCCAGGCCCCUAUCUGACUGUUGUUUCCUGUCAGACGUCUGGUUGCCAGGCCCCUAUCUGACUGUUGUUUCCUGUCAGACGUCUGGUUGCCAGGCCCCUAUCUGACUGUUGUUUCCUGUCAGACGUCUGGUUGCCAGGCCCCUAUCUGACUGUUGUUUCCUGUCAGACGUCUGGUUGCCAGGCCCCUAUCUGACUGUUGUUUCCUGUCAGACGUCUGGUUGCCAGGCCCCUAUCUGACUGUUGUUUCCUGUCAGACGUCUGGUUGCCAGGCCCCUAUCUGACUGUUGUUUCCUGUCAGACGUCUGGUUGCCAGGCCCCUAUCUGACUGUUUCCUGUCAGACCUCUGGUUGCCAGGCCCCUAUCUGACUGUUGUUUCCUGUCAGACGUCUGGUUGCCAGGCCCCUAUCUGACUGUUGUUUCCUGUCAGACGUCUGGUUGCCAGGCCCCUAUCUGACUGUUGUUUCCUGUCAGACGUCUGGUUGCCAGGCCCCUAUCUGACUGUUGUUUCCUGUCAGACGUCUGGUUGCCAGGCCCCUAUCUGACUGUUGUUUCCUGUCAGACGUCUGGUUGCCAGGCCCCUAUCUGACUGUUGUUUCCUGUCAGACGUCUGGUUGCCAGGCCCCUAUCUGACUGUUGUUUCCUGUCAGACGUUUGGUUGCCAGGCCCCUAUCUGACUGUUUCCUGUCAGACCUCUGGUUGCCAGGCCCCUAUCUGACUGUUGUUUCCUGUCAGACGUCUGGUUGCCAGGCCCCUAUCUGACUGUUGUUUCCUGUCAGACGUCUGGUUGCCAGGCCCCUAUCUGACUGUUGUUUCCUGUCAGACGUCUGGUUGCCAGGCCCCUAUCUGACUGUUGUUUCCUGUCAGACGUCUGGUUGCCAGGCCCCUAUCUGACUGUUGUUUCCUGUCAGACGUCUGGUUGCCAGGCCCCUAUCUGACUGUUGUUUCCUGUCAGACGUCUGGUUGCCAGGCCCCUAUCUGACUGUUGUUUCCUGUCAGACGUCUGGUUGCCAGGCCCCUAUCUGACUGUUUCCUGUCAGACCUCUGGUUGCCAGGCCCCUAUCUGACUGUUGUUUCCUGUCCAGACGUCUGGUUGCCAGGUCGCGGAGCCCAAGGUGAAGAAAGCCAAGAAGAAAGUGAAGAAGCGUAACGAGGGGAAGGAGUCUGAAGACGAGUGUUUCCGCUGUGGAGACGGAGGACAGCUGGUUCUAUGUGACAAGAAAAGCUGCACCAUGGCCUACCACCUCUCCUGCCUGGACCGCACCAAGAGGCCCUUCGGUAAGACCCCUAACCGCCUAACCCUACCACCUCUCCUGCCUGGACCGCACCAAGAGGCCCUUCGGUAAGACCCCUAACCCUACCACCUCUCCUGCCUGGACCGCACCAAGAGGCCCUUCGGUAAGACCCCUAACCGCCUAACCCUACCACCUCUCCUGCCUGGACCGCACCAAGAGGCCCUUCGGUAAGACCCCUAACCCUACCACCUCUCCUGCCUGGACCGCACCAAGAGGCCCUUCGGUAAGACCCCUAACCCUACCACCUCUCCUGCCUGGACCGCACCAAGAGGCCCUUCGGUAAGACCCCUAACCCUACCACCUCUCCUGCCUGGACCGCACCAAGAGGCCCUUCGGUAAGACCCCUAACCCUACCACCUCUCCUGCCUGGACCGCACCAAGAGGCCCUUCGGUAAGACCCCUAACCCUACCACCUCUCCUGCCUGGACCGCACCAAGAGGCCCUUCGGUAAGACCCCUAACCCUACCACCUCUCCUGCCUGGACCGCACCAAGAGGCCCUUCGGUAAGACCCCUAACCCUACCACCUCUCCUGCCUGGACCGCACCAAGAGGCCCUUCGGUAAGACCCCUAACCCUACCACCUCUCCUGCCUGGACCGCACCAAGAGGCCCUUCGGUAAGACCCCUAACCCUACCACCUCUCCUGCCUGGACCGCACCAAGAGGCCCUUCGGUAAGACCCCUAACCCUACCACCUCUCCUGCCUGGACCGCACCAAGAGGCCCUUCGGUAAGACCCCUAACUCCUAACCCUACCACCCCUAACCCCCUAACCCUACCACCCCUAACCCCCUAACCCUACCACCCCUAACCCCCUAACCCUACCACCUCUCCUGCCUGGACCGCACCAAGAGGCCCUUCGAUAAGACCCUAAUUUAAAAAUGAAAAGCUGAAAUGUCUCAUCAAUAAAUAUUCAACCCCUGUGUUACAGCAAGUCUAAAUAAAUUAUGUUCAGGAGUAAAAAUGUUCUUAACAAGUCACAUGAAAAUUUGCAUGGACUCACUCUGUGUGCAAUAAUGGUGUUGAACAUGAUUUUGUAAUGACUACCUCAUCUCUGUACCCCACACAAACAAUUAUCUGUAAGGUCCCUCAGUCGAGCAGUGAAUUUCAAACAUCGAUUCAACCACAAAGACGAGGGAGGUUUUCCAAUGCCUCGCAAAGAAGGGCACUUAUUGGUGUGUGUGUAUAUACACUGCUAAAAAAAAUAAAGGGAACACUAAAAUAACACAUCCUAGAUCUGAAUGAAUGAAAUAAUCUUAUUAAAUACUUUUUUCUUUACAUAGUUGAAUGUGCUGACAACAAAAUCACACAAAAAUUAUCAAUGGAAAUCAAAUGUAUCAACCCAUGGAGGUCUGGAUUUGGAGUCACCCUCAAAAUUAAAGUGGAAAACCACACUACAGGCUGAUCCAACUUUGAUGUAAUGUCCUUAAAACAAGUCAAAAUGAGGCUCAGUAGUGUGUGUGGCCUCCACGUGCCUGUAGGACCUCCCUACAACGCCUGGGCAUGCUCCUGAUGAGGUGGCGGAUGGUCUCCUGAGGGAUCUCCUCCCAGACCUGGACUAAAGCAUCCGCCAACUCCUGGACAGUCUGUGGAGCAACGUGGCGUUGGUGGAUGGAGCGAGACAUGAUGUCCCAGAUGUGCUCAAUUGGAUUCAGGUCUGGGGAACGGGCGGGCCAGUCCAUAGCAUCAAUGCCUUCCUCUUGCAGGAACUGCUGACACACUCCAGCCACAUGAGGUCUAGCAUUGUCUUGCAUUAGGAGGAACCCAGGGCCAACCGCACCAGCAUAUGGUCUCACAAGGGGUCUGAGGAUCUCAUCUCGGUACCUAAUGGCAGUCAGGCUACCUCUGGCGAGCACAUGGAGGGCUGUGCGGCCCCCCAAAGAAAUGCCACCCCACACCUGAACCUGCUUCCCAUUUGUGUGGCCGUAAUGCACCCUAAAAUAAUUCAUGCCUUUUGUGGCCAGUGGCUGUUGUGCCCUUAACCCGGCGUUCUGCGCUUCCGAAGCACCCCUCACUCGCAUGGCUCUCAUCAAGUGAUCGGGUCUUUCUCACAGGCUACAAUUGAAGACCCGACACAUCGGGGACGCAAAUGCAAUUCCGAGGUGCAUGUUGGAAGAACUGUCCACAUUUACUUUUCAUCAGCCAACAAGAUGAGUCGGCCUAACGAACAGCAAAAGCACUAGCCUAUGUCAAACUACUGUCCCCCAUAGUACAAAAGUCGACCUAUUCCUAUAGCCUGUUGCCAGUCAGGCUGGAUAGUAACUGAUUACUCACACUAACCUGCUAGCCUGCUGCCAGUCAGGAUGGAUAGUAACUGAUUACUCACCCUAACCUGCUAGCUUCCUGCCAGUUAGGCUGGAUAGUAUCUGAUUACUCACCCUAACCUGCUAGCUUCCUGCCAGUCAGGAUGGAUAGUAACUGAUUACUCACCCUAACCUGCUAGCCUGCUGCCAGUUAGGCUGGAUAGUAUCUGAUUACUCACCCUAACCUUCUAGCCUGUUGCCAGUCAGGCUGGAUAGUACAGUCGUGGUCAAAGGUUUUGAGAAUGACACAAAUAUUAAUUUUCACAAAGUCUGCUGCCUCAGUUUUUAUGAUGGCAAUUUGCAUAUACUCUAGAAUGUUAUGAGUGAUCAGAUGAAUUGCAAUGAAUUGCAAAGUCCCUCUUUGCCAUGAAAAUGAACUUAAUCCCAAAAAAACAUUUCCACUGCAUUUCAGCCCUGCCACAAAAGGACCAGCUGACAUCAUGUCAGUGAUUCUCUCGUUAACACAGGUGAGAGUGUUGACGAGGACAAGGCUGGAGAUCCCUCUGUCAUGCUGAUUGAGUUAGAAUAACAGACUGGAAGCUUUAAAAGGAGGGUGGUGCUUGAAAUCAUUGUUCUUCCUCUGUUAACCAUGGUUACCUGCAAGGAAAGACGUGCCGUCAUCAUUGCUUUGCACAAAAAGGGCUUCACAGGCAAGGAUAUUGCUGCUAGUAAGAUUGCACCUAAAUCAACCAUUUAUCGGAUCAUCAAGAACUUCAAGGAGAGAGGUUCAAUUGUUGUGAAGAAGGCUUCAGGGCGCCCAAGAAAGUCCAGCAAGCGCCAGGACUGUCUCCUAAAGUUGAUUAAGCUGCGGGAUCGGGGCACCACCAGUGCAGAGCUUGCUCAGGAAUGGCAGCAGGCAGGUGUGAGUGCAUCUGCACGCACAGUGAGGCAAAGACUUUUGGAGGAUGGCCUGGUGUCAAGAAGGGCAGCGAGGAAGCCACUUCUCUCCAGGAAAAAGAUCAGGGACAGACUGAUAUUCUGCAAAAGGUACAGUGAUUGGACUGCUGAGGACUGGGGUAAAGUCAUUUUCUCUGAUGAAUCCCCUUUCCGAUUGUUUGGGGCAUCCGGAAAAAAGCUUGUCCGGAGAAGACCAGGUGAGCGCUACCAUCAGUCCUGUGUCAUGCCAACAGUAAAGCAUCCUGAGACCAUUCAUGUGUGGGGUUGCUUCUCAGCCAAGGGAGUGGGCUCACUCACAAUUUUGCCUAAGAACACAGCCAUGAAUAAAGAAUGGUACCAACACAUCCUCCGAGAGCAACUUCUCCCAACCAUCCAAGAACAGUUUGGUGACGAACAAUGCCUUUUCCAGCAUGAUGGAGCACCUUGCCAUAAGGCAAAAGUGAUAACUAAGUGGCUCAGGGAACAAAAUAUCGACAUUUUGGGUCCAUGGCCAGGAAACUCCCAAGACCUUAAUCCCACUGAGAACUUGUGGUCAAUCCUCAAGAGGACGGUGGACAAACAAAACCCCACAAAUUCUGACAAACUCCAAGCAUUGAUUAUGCAAGAAUGGGCUGCCAUCAGUCAGGAUGUGGCCCAGAAGUUAAUUGACAGCAUGCCAUGGCGGAUUGCAGAGGUCUUGAAAAAGAAGGGUCAACACUGCAAAUAUUGACUCUUUGCAUAAACUUAAUGUAAUUGUCAAUAAAAGCCUUUGACACAUAUGGAAUGGUUGUAAUUAUACUUCAGUAUACCAUAGUAACAUCUGACAAAAAUAUCUAAAAACACUGAAGCAGCAAACUUUGUGAAGACCAAUACUUGUGUCAUUCUCAAAACUUUUGACCACGACUGUACUAUCCCCCAUAGUACAAAAGUCGACCUAUUCUAUUCUGUGGGAGAAAUAAAUAUUCCAAACAUAGUUUGGGACAGUUGUGGGAUGCGAUAGUUCGCAAAUUAAUACAACCACUAGCAUCAAAAAAACGUUUAAAUGCAAUGUGGCUGACACAACAGAUCAGAACGUUUAGCUUAAAAUGUUGAUAAACUAUUAGGCUAUUUCUUCACAUUAUAAGAUCAGCAAUGUGCACAUGGCAGUAGGCUAUUAGCGGGAAUGUUCCAUUAGCGGGAAUGUUCCAUUCUCAAAAGUGACCACAAAUGCAAUUAUGCAUGUAAUUUGCUUUUAUUACAAAGGUGCAUUUUUAUGGUGAAAAUUAUCUUCCCCAAAAUUAAAACUCGCGCACUGCUUAUAUAUGCCAGUUAGGCUCUACACCCCUUGUAAAGCGGAUUAAUGUGCUUCAUUUUAAGAAUUUUUUGGCCACUUUACUUUACAAACCUUAUCAAAACAUACAGUGCAUUCGGAAAGUAUUCAGACUGUUUCCACAUUUUGUUACGUUACAGCCUUAUUCAAAAAUGGAUUACAUAAAAAAUGUUCCUCAUCAAUCUACACACAAUACCCCAUAAUGACAAAGCGUAAUCAGGUUUUUAGAAAUGUUUGCAAAUGUAUUAAAAAUGAAAAAACAGACCUUAUUUAAAUAAGUAUUCAGACCCUUUGCUCUGAGACUCAAAAUUGAGCUCAGGUCCAUCCUGUUUCCAUUGAUCGUCCUUGAUGUUUCUACAACUUGAUUGGAGUCCACCUGUGGUAAAUUCAAUUGAUUGUAUAUGAUUUGCAAAGGCACACACCUGUCUAGAUAAGGUCCCACAGUUGACAGUGCAUGUCAGAGCAAAAACCAAGCCAUGAGGUCAAAGGAAUUGUCCUUAGAGCUCCGACACAGGAUUGUGUCGAUGCACAGAUCUGGGGAAGGAUACCAAAAAAAUUCUGCAGCAUUGAAGGUCCCCAAGAACACAGUGGCCUUCAUCAUUCUUAAAUGGAAUAAUUUUUGAACCACCAAGCCUCUUCCUAGAGCUGGCCGCCCGGCCAAACUGAGCAAUCGGGGGAGAAGGACCUUGGUCAGGGAGGUGACGAAGAACCUGAUGGUCACUCUGACAGAGCUCUAGAGUUCCUCUGUGGAGAUGGGAGAACCUUCCAGAAGGACAACCAUCUCUGCAGCACUCCACCAAUCAGGCCUUUAUGGUAGAGUGGCCAGACGGAAGCCACUACUCAGUAAAAUGCACAUGACAGCCCGCUUGGAGUUUUCCAAAAGGCACCUAAAGGACUCUAACAAUGAGAAACAAGAUUCUCUGGUCUGAUGAAACCAAGAUUGAACUCUUUGGCCUGAAUGCUAAGGGUCACGUCUGAAGGAAUCCAGGAACCGCUCAUCACCUGGCCAAUACCAUCCCUAUGGUGAAGCAUGGUGGUGGCAGCAUCAUGCUGUGGGGAUGUUUUUCAGCGUCAGGGACUUGGAGACUAGUCAGGAUCAAGGGAAAGAUGAACGGAGCAAAGUACAGAGAUCCUUUAUGAAAACCUGCUCCAGAGCGCUCAGGACCUCAGACUGGGGAGAAGGUUCACCUUCCAACAGGACAACGAUCCUAAGCACACAACCAAGACAACGCAGGAGUGGCUUCGGGACAAGUCUCUGAAUGUCCUUUAGUGGCCCAGCCAGAGCCCGGACUUGAACCCAAUCAAACAUCUCUGGAGAGACCUGAAAAUAGCUGUGCAGCGACGCUCCCCAUCCAAUCUGACAGAGCUUGAGAGGAUCUGCAGAGAAGAAUGGGAGAAACUCCCCAAAUACAGGUGUGCCAAGCUUGUAGCGUCACACCCAAGAAGACUCGACACUGUAAUCGCUGCCAAAGGUGCUUCAACAAAGUACUGAGUAAAGGGUCUGAAUACUUAUGUAAAUGUGAUAUUUCUGUUUGACAUUUUUAAUACAUUUGCUCAAAUUAAUCCAUUUUAGAAUAAUGCUGUAAUGUAACAAUGUGGAAAAAGUAAAAGGGGUCUGAAUACUUUCUGAAUGCACUGUACAAUGUGUUGGAUAGAUAGAUGUAUAUUAUUAUAAUGUGUAAUAUAAUGUAUAAUGGGUUACAUAUAUUGUGUUAGGGUUAGAUAUACAGUGAGGGAAAUAAGUAUUUGAUCCCCUGCUGAUUUUGUAUGUUUGCCCACUGACAAAGAAAUUAUAAGUCUAUAAUUUUAAUGGUAGGUUUAUUUGAACAGUAAGAGACAGAAUAACAACAAAAAAAAUCCAGAAAAACGCAUGUCAAAAAUGUUAUAAAUUGAUUUGCAUUUUAAUGAGGGAAAUAAGUAUUUGACCCCCUCUCAAUCAGAAAGAUUUCUGGCUCCCAGGUGUCUUUUAUACAGGUAAUGAGCUGAGAUUAGGAGCACACUGUUAAAGGGAGUGCUCCUAAUCUCAGUUUGUUACCUGUAUAAAAGACACCUGUCCACAGAAGCAAUCAAUCAAUCAGAUUCCAAACUCUCCACCAUGGCCAAGACCAAAGAGCUCUCCAAGGAUGUCAGGGACAAGAUUGUAGACCUACACAAGGCUGGAAUGGGCUACAAGACCAUCGCCAAGCAGCUUGGUGAGAAGGUGACAACAGUUGGUGCGAUUAUUCGCUAAUGGAAGAAACACAAAAAGAACUGUCAAUCUCUCUCAGCCUGGGGCUCCAUGCAAGAUCUCACCUCAUGAGAACGGUGAGGAAUCAGCACAGAACUACACGGGAGGAUCUUGUCAAUGAUCUCAAGGCAGCUGGUACCAUAGUCACCAAGGAAACAAUUGGUAACACACUACGCCGUGAAGGACUGAAAUCCUGCAGCGCCCGCAAUGUCCCCCUGCUCAAGAAAGCACAUAUACAUACGCUUCUGAAGUUUGCCAAUGAACGUCUGAAUGAUGCAGAGGAGAACUGGGUGAAAGUGUUGUGGUCAGAUGAUACCAAAAUCGAGCUCUUUGGCAUCAACUCAACUCGCCGUGUUUGGAGGAGGAGGAAUGCUGCCGAUGACCCCAAGAACACCAUCCCCACCGUCAAACAUGGAGGUAGAAACAUUAUGCUUUGGGGGGAUUUUACUGCUAAGGGGACAGGACAACUUCACCGCAUCAAACGGACGAUGGACGGGGCCAUGUACCGUCAAAUCUUGGGUGAGAACCUCCUUCCCUCAGCCAGGGCAUUGAAAAUGGGUUGUGGAUGGGUAUUUUAGCAUGACAAUGACCCAAAACACACGGCCAAGGCAACAAAGGAGUGGCUCAAGAAGAAGCACAUUAAGGUCCUGGAGUGGCCUAGCCAAUCUCCAGACCUUAAUCCCAUAGAAAAUCUGUGGAGGGAGCUGAAGGUUUGAGUUGCCAAACGUCAGGCUCGAAACCUUAAUGACUUGGUGAAGAUCUGCAAAGAGGAGUGGGACAAAAUCCCUCCUGAGAUGUGUGCAAACCUGACUACAAGAAACGUCUGACCUCUGUGAUUGCCAAAAAGGGUUUUGCGUUUUUUGUUGUUAUUCUGUCUCCCACUGUUCAAAUAAACCUACCAUUAAAAUUAUAGACUGAUCAUGUCUUUGUCAAGGGGCAAACGUACAAAAUCAGCAGGGGAUCAAAUACUUUUUUCCCUCACUGUACACUGCUAAAAAAAAUAAAGGGAACACUUAAACAACACAAUGUAACUCCAAGUCAAUCACACUUCUGUGAAAUCAAACUGUCCACUUAGGAAGCAACACUGAUUGACAAUACAUUUCACAUGCUGUUGUGCAAAUGGAAUAGACAACAGGUGGAAAUUAUAGGCAAGACACCCCCAAUAAAGGACUGGUUUUGCAGGUGGUGACCACAGACCACUUCUUAGUUCCUAUGCUUCCUGGCUGAUGUUUUGGUCACUUUUGAAUGCUGGCGGUGCUUUCACUCUAGUGGUAGCAUGAGAAGGAGUCUACAACCCACACAAGUGGCUCAGGUAGUGCAGCUCAUCCAGGAUGGCACAUCAAUGCGAGCUGUGGCAAGAAGGUUUGCUGUGUCUGUCAGCGUAGUGUCCAGAGCAUGGAGGCGCUACCAGAAGACAGGCCAGUACAUCAGGAGACGUGGAGGAGGCUGUAGGAGGGCAACAACCCAGCAGCAGGACCGCUACCUCCGCCUUUGUGCAAGGAGGAGCAGGAGGAGCACUGCCAGAGCCCUGCAAAAUCACCUCCAGCAGGCCACAAAUGUGCAUGUGUCUGCUCAAACGGUCAGAAACAGACUCCAUGCGGGUGGUAUGAGGGCCCGACGUCCACAGGUGGGGGUUGUGCUUACAGCCCAACACCGUGCAGGUUGCCAGAGAACACCAAGAUUGGCAAAUUCGCCACUGGCGCCCUGUGCUCUUCACAGAUGAAAGCAGGUUCACACUGAGCACAUGUGACAGACGUGACAGAGUCUGGAGACGCCGUGGAGAACGUUCUGCUGCCUGCAACAUCCUCCAGCAUGACCGGUUUGGCGUUGGGUCAGUCAUGGUGUGGGGUGGCAUUUCUUUGGGGGGCCGCACAGCCCUCCAUGUGCUCGCCAGAGGUAGCCUGACUGCCAUUAGGUACCGAGAUGAGAUCCUCAGACCCCUUGUGAGACCAUAUGCUGGUGCGGUUGGCCCUGGGUUCCUCCUAAUGCAAGACAAUGCUAGACCUCAUGUGGCUGGAGUGUGUCAGCAGUUCCUGCAAGAGGAAGGCAUUGAUGCUAUGGACUGGCCCGCCCGUUCCCCAGACCUGAAUCCAAUUGAGCACAUCUGGGACAUCAUGUCUCGCUCCAUCCACCAACGCCACGUUGCACCACAGACUGUCCAGGAGUUGGCGGAUGCUUUAGUCCAGGUCUGGGAGGAGAUCCCUCAGGAGACCAUCCGCCACCUCAUCAGGAGCAUGCCCAGGCGUUGUAGGGAGGUCAUACAGGCACGUGGAGGCCACACACACUACUGAGCCUCAUUUUGACUUGUUUUAAGGACAUUACAUGAAAGUUGGAUCAGCCUGUAGUGUGGUUUUCCAAUUUAAUUUUGAGGGUGACUCCAAAUCCAGACCUCCAUGGGUUGAUACAUUUGAUUUCCAUUGAUAAUUUUUGUGUGAUUUUGUUGUCAGCACAUUCAACUAUGUAAAGAAAAAACUAUUUAAUAAGAUUAUUUCAUUCAUUCAUAUCUAGGAUGUGUUAUUUUAGUGUUCCCCUAAAUUCUCCCAUGACCCCAUUUUCAUAUCAGGUGACCCAAAGGGAACGGCUGGAUUAGAUUAGAUUAUAAUGUGUUAGUUCUAUAAUAGCUGUUUAUAAUGGUUAUGUUAUAUUUCAGGGCGCUGGGACUGCCCGUGGCACCACUGUGAUGUGUGUGGGAAGCCAUCUGAGGCGUUCUGCCAGCUGUGCCCCAACUCCUUCUGCAAGAACCACCAGGAGGGGGCGCUGCGUCCCUGGCCCCCCAAGGGACAGCUCUGCUGCCAGGAGCACGACCACCCCUAACCCAACACCCAGAGUGGACUGAGGCCUACGCUGACCUGGCCCCCGACACACCCCCUACAGGCUUCAGGAGAGGCCUUGAGUUUCAGGUUCAACAGCCUGACCUGCAGCAGAACAGGACCCAAGAUGGCAGACAGACAGACAGCCCUGUAUGUUGUCUCUCCUCAUCAGGGAUCUGCUGUACUAAUCCACAGCUCCAACCAAUCAGGUCCUUCCAUUCAGACAGACAACCAAUCAGGUCUUUCCAUUCAGACAGACAACCAAUCAGGUCCUUCCACUCAGCUUCUACCUGUUGUGUUUGUCUGUAACUCGUCUGCACUGAGAGAACUGAACACACACCUCCCAGCUACGGUCAGCAGACUACAGUGCACCUCCCAGCUACGGUCAGCAGACUACAGUACACCUCCCAGCUACGGUCAGCAGACUACAGUACACCUCCCAGCUACGGUCAGCAGACUACAGUGCACCUCCCAGCUACGGUCAGCAGACUACAGUACACCUCCCAGCUACGGUCAGCAGACUAGAGUACACCUCCCAGCUACGGUCAGCAGACUACAGUACACCUCCCAGCUACGGUCAGCAGACUACAGUACACCUCCCAGCUACGGUCAGCAGACUACAGUGCACCUCCCAGCUACGGUCAGCAGACUACAGUGCACCUCCCAGCUACGGUCAGCAGACUACAGUACACCUCCCAGCUACGGUCAGCAGACUACAGUACACCUCCCAGCUACGGUCAGCAGACUACAGUACACCUCCCAGCUACGGUCAGCAGACUACAGUACACCUCCCAGCUACGGUCAGCAGACUACAGUACACCUCCCAGCUACGGUCAGCAGACUACAGUACACCUCCCAGCUACAGCAUUAG